AUGUUAAAGCCUCCUUCUAAAAGUUCAAAAUCAGCAUCGCAAUAAAAAAUUACAUAGCCUUCUAAUGAAUCCUAAAAUCCUCCUAAAUUAAGUCGGGAAAAUUCGUCUAACAACAUUAAUAAGGGAUCAAAUACCACUCUUUAAAAACCUUUAUAAAAGUCAAGGUAGGGGAGUAGAACAUCUUCAUCUUCAAAUAUUCCAGAUUUAUCUACAAAGAAAAUUGCGAGUAAAGAAUCAUCGCCAGCAAAAGUAGUGGAAUAAAUAAUUGUUAAGGGCUAACUAACUAUUAAGCAAAAGGUAUCCUCAAAGUAGAUAACUUCUAAAAUAGAUGAUGGGAGACCAAAAAAUUCAAGUGAGUUUAAGUAAAAAUAAACUCUUAUCAGUAAUUAACCAUAAUAUUUAAAACAUGGGACAUAAAAAUAAAAACCAGAUUAAAAGAAGGAGAAUCUUUUAUAAGGACAUCGUCCAAGUGUUAUGAACAAAUUAAAUAAGACAGCAAAUAGCAACUCUUCAAGCCGUAAACCAUCUCCUUAAAAUAAAGAUGCAUAACCCACAAAAUAAAAAUAGAUUUCAUAACAACAACCUAAAGUGCAGUAAGAAGACACUUAGUAAUAAGUAAUAAUUAAUAAUCAAGAGUAAAUAGAUGCGAUACAUUAGAAUCAAGUACCCUAAGAUCUUGAAGAUCAUUAAGAUUAUGAAAAUGAUUAACUUGAUACAUAAAAUUAUGAAGAAACAGUAAAUGAAGGCAGGUCAGAGUCAAAUUAAUUUGAUUAAAUGGACCACACUAGUAAUGCCUCAGAUGAGUAACAUUACUAUGAAAAUUAUGAUUAAUAAGGAAAUUACGAUGAACCUGAAAAGUAGCAAAUUAUGUAAGCAAAUGAUCAAUAGAUAAACAAUGAGGAUCCAUAACUUGAUUAAAAUGCUGAUGAUACGUUAUCAAUCGAAGGCGAUAUCAAUUAAACAGAUAAUAUUGAAACAGGCUAAAAUUUGGAUUCUGAAAAUUAAAAAUUAAAACCUCUACCUUAAAUUUAAAUUAUAUCAGAAGAUUAAUUUAAUUAAUAAUUCAACAAAGGACCACUUGAAGUUGGAGAUUUAAAAUAAAUUCCAGAUGCAAUAGGAGAUAGAUUGAAUACAAUCUAAGAAGAUAUUCAGAGUAAUGAUGCCCUGAGCUAAAUAUUGAAUGAUAUUCCUGAUGGGGAAACCAGUGAACCUGUUCUAACACAUAGAACAGAGGAUCCUAUUCAAAAAAACAAUGUCAAUUUUUAAAAAAAACAAUCUUAGGAUAUUUCAAGUACCAAAUUUAUAGAAAUUGAAGUUCAAGAAGAUCAAUAAAAAGGAAGUUAAUCAGCUAGACAUUAGGAUCUAAAUUAGGAAAAUAAAUAGGAAGAGUUAAAUACUAAAGAACCUUACUAAAUAUAAAUUUCUUAGCCAGGUGAAAAUAAUCAAGAAGAAGAGGAAGACUAUGGUCUUGGUGAUUUGGAGUCAGAAUUUGUGAAAAAGAAUAUGGAAGAUAGUGAUGAAGAAGCAAGUCCAGAUAAUAUAAUUCCAACAAAUUAAGAGGAUGGAUUUGAAGAGAAUUAAAGUAACAAUCAAUAAAAUGAAAAUGAUGAUUCAGCUAAUUAGAUUUUAUAAGAUAAUGAAAAAUAAACCAAAAAUAAAUUUCAUCUUUAAUUGAAUCAAGAUUUUUAAAACAAGGAACAAGAAAAGGAGGAUUUAAUACAAGACAAUUAAGAGUAAACUCAAUAAGAAGAAAUAAAAUAAGAUGUUGAAACUCAAUAAGAAAAUCCCAGUAUCAAUAAUGAUGACGAAAAUCUCAAUAAUAUUGUAGAGGUAGUAGAAAAGGAAAAUACCUAGAAUUAAGAAGACAUGAUUUUAAAUGAUAAUUAGAAUAUAGAAUAAGAGGUAGAUUAAGAAAUACAAAAUGAAACAAUAUAAAAUAAUAUAGAAGAUAUUAAUUAAGAUAAUAGCAAUAAUAAACAAUAAAUAUUAGAUGAAUAAAAUAUUUAAGUUACUGAACAAAUCCUUAAUCAAUAGGAUGAUGAAUAAUAAGUUAUGGAUGAAUAAUAAGAUAUGGUUUAAGAUAACUCCAACUUAGAAUAGGAUAAUUAGGAUAUAAAUAAUUAGGUUGAAACAUAAUCCAAUUAAAUUAAAUAAAAUCCAACUGAAGUUGAAUAAUAAUAGUAGGAUGGAACUUGUGAGUAAAAUGAAAAUCCAGAAAGAAUAUUAGAAAAUAAUAAAAAAGUUGAAGAUAUCAAUGAAUAAAAAUUAGAAAUUGAAGAAACUGGUGAACUAGUUUAAAAUAUUUAAAUAUUAGAUUAGUCUUAGAACUCAAUGCUGAUGUAGGAUCAAAAUGAAAGUUAAGUAUAAAGUUCUCCUUUGAAAGAAAAAGAUUUGGAAAACUAGAAUUAAGAAGAAAUUUAAAAAUAAGAAAAUAAUAAUCAAGGGGAUGAUCCAUCAUUAUUAACAGUUGAACAAAUAUAGGAAGAAUAACCAUAAUAGACAGAUCAAAUUAUUAAAAAGGAGGAAGAGGACCAGGAUACCUUUAAAUAAAUUAAAAAUAGUUCAGAAAUUAUUGAAGAAAACCCUAUUGAUUAACCCUAACCAAGAGAUGAUUAAAAUACUGAAAUAAUAUAAACUCACAGCGAUGUAAAUGAUACAUAAAACAAAUCCUAGGAAGAGGUUUAAGAUUUAAGUAAGGAUCAAAUUCUAAAUGAUGAAACUCUCAAUAUUUAAAAUUAGAAAGAUAAUUAAGAUAUUAUAGAGGAUGUUGUCAAUUAAGCUAAUGAUGAAACUAAUUAGAAUGAUACUUAAGAGAAUAUUAAUGAGAAAAAAUAGAUACAGGAGGAUAUAACAGAAAAGAAUGAAGAAAAUAAUGAAGAAAAUCAAGGUAUUUCUAAUCAACUUGAAGAUAAUUUAUUAUAGUCAGAUAAAGAGUUGGCUGAAGAACAAAAUAUAGUAAAGGACAGUUCAUAGAUUAGUAAAUAAGGAGAUGAAGAUCAAAAUAAAGAGAUUUAAGAAAAUUUCGAAACAGAAUAAUUGUAAAUGAAGGAAGGAAGAAAAGAAUAAUAAGAAGAAGUGCAGAACUAAGAAGAACAGAUCGAAUCAGAUGUAAGAGGAUAAGAGUAAGACAAUAUUGGAGUUGGUUUAUCUUAAGAAAUUUAGCAUAAUAUUGAGUAAUAAUAAGGAAUUUCAAAUCAAAAUGAUUAAAAUAUAAAUAAAGAUGAGGAUGAAAACCUAUUAGAAGAAAUUAUAGAUGUUGAAUAGGAGACAUAAUAAGAAUUAAUCAAAUAAGAAGAUAGAUAGUAAUAACAAUAACCAGUCUAAGUUGAACCAACAGUAAAUGAGAUUCAAAAUGAUGAUGAAAACCUCGAUAAAAAUUCAUUUGAAGGAGAUCAAAUAGAUUAGAUUACAAAUGAACAGCAAAAUAAUGAGGAAAAUCAAAAUUCAGAUAAUAUAUAAAAUAAUGAAACAUCAAAAGAUACAUCACAAUAAAUAUAAGUUAAUGAUCCUUCAAAUGUAUUGUAAACCAUAGUUUAAGCACAUAUUGAGGAUUAAUUUGAAUUUCAAGAAUAAGAAAAUAUUGAAUCCAAUCCUCUUGUAGAACCAUAGGAAGAAUAAAUUAUUGAGGACAAAGACAAUUAAAAUCAAAAUAAUCUUGAUGAGGUUGUUAAUUAAAUUUCUCAAAAUUAACCAGAAACUAUAAAUGAUGAUGAAAAUACAAAAGAUUUAAAUUAAAAGGAAAUCAAAGAAUCGAAUAAUUUUGAUGAGGAACCAUAUCAAGAGAAUGAAAAUAACUCAUAAGGAUAAGAUGAAACUCAAAAAAUAGAGUUCUAAAAUUACAUCAUUUAGGAUACAAAUAAUGCAGUUGUUUAAGAAUUAAAAUUUGAUGAUUUAGGAAGUGUUUAUUAAGCCAAUUAAUAAAAUACAAUAUUUUUCGAAUAAAGUUAUGAGAUUUCUAAAAUAGAUUUAGGCGUUGAAUAAUCGAAAUUUAAUAAUCUAAAUGAUGAAAAAUAAUUGUUCAAAAUUGAUGAUUAGGAGAAUCAAUUUAAAUAAGAUUAAAUAGACUCUAUCGAAAAUUAAGAAUAACAAUAGAUUAAUUCAAUAUAACAAAAUGAUUAAGAAAAAGAACUACCUAAAGAUGCUAAUAAUGAGUAGAAUUCUGAGGAAAACAUUAAGGUUUAGGAUAAAAUUAGUUAACAUUAAAAUGAAAAUUAAGAACAAGAUGAAAAUCCUUCUGAAUAAGUUGAAAAUAUUGAUGUGCAAGAUUAAAAUCAUAAAGAGUAAGUGUAAUAGUAAGACGAAAGUCAUUAAGAGUAAGACUAAUACUAAGAUCAUGAGGAGUAAGAUGAAGAUCAUUAAGAGCAAAUUGAAGAUCAUUAAAAUCAAGAUGAAGUUCAUUAAGAGCAAAUUGAAGAUCAUUAAGAGUAAGAUGAUAAUCAUUAAAAGCAAGAUGACGAUCAUUAAAAACAAGAUGAAGAUGAUUAACAGCAAGAUUUAGAUCAUUAAAAGUAAGAUUAAGAUCAUUAAAAGCCAAAUGAAGAUCAGAAAUAGCAAGGAGAAAAUCAUUAGAAGUAAGAUGGAGAUCACCAGGAGUAAAAUGAAGAGUAUUAAGAGUAAGAUGAAGAUCAUAAAGAAUAAAUUGAAAAUCAAUAAGAGUAAGAUGGAAAUCAUUAAUAAUAGGAAGAUGGAAAUCAUUAAUAAUAGGAAGAAAGUCUUUAAGAGUAAGAUGGGGAUCAUUAAGAAUAAGAAUAAAUUCAUUAAGAGUAAGAUAGAGAUCAUUAAGAAUAAGACGAAGAUCAUUAAGAGCAAGAUGAAACUCCUUAGUAAUAAGACAAUGAACAUUAAGAGCAAGUUGAAACUCCUUUAUAAUAAGACAAUGACCAUUAAGAGCAAGAUGAAACUCCUUUAUAAUAAGACAAUGACCAUUAAGAGCAAGAAGAAAAUUAAGAGCAAGAAGAAAAUCAAGACAAAAAUCAUUAAGAAUAAGGCCAUUAAGAAUAUGAUCUAGAUCAUUAAGAAAAUGAUUAAAUUCAUUAAGAACAAGAAGAAGAUAAUUUGAAGAAAGAUUUAGAUCAUUAAGCACAAGAUAAAAGUCUUUAAGAUUAAGAUGUAGAUCAUUAGGAGUAAGAUUUAGAUUAUUAAGAUUAAGUCGAAAAUUAUUAAAGAGAAGAUGAAAAUCAUUAAGAGUAAGAUCAAGUACAAUUAGAAGUAUAAGAAGUUCAAUAAUAACAACAAGAAGACCAUUAAGAUGAAAAAGAAGUUAUUUAAUUAAAAGAAGAAGAUAAUUUUGAGAAAAAAGAACAAUUCUAAGAUUACGAUGAAAUCAAUUAUUAGGACAGUAAAUGUAAUAAUAAUGAUGAAAAUUAAUAACAUGACGAUGAAAAUCUUAAUGAUUAGGAUAAAAAUGAAUUCAAGGAUGAUGAUUCAUAAAAACAUAUUCAUUAGGAAGAAAAUCAAAUUAAGGAUACCGAUUCUCAAAAGCACUCAGUUAAAUCACAAAAAUCUUAGAAAUCUAUACCAAAAAAUACUCAAGAGAACGUGGAUGCUAGUCAUUAGAAUGAAUCCGAAGUGGAUUUUAAUUGCAAUGAUAUCCCAAGCUAUCGAACUUAAGAAUUAGAGAAAGAAAUAGAUCAAUUUACAGAUUCUCAACAAAAAAUAUAAAAGGAAGAAUAGCAUUAAGAACCCAAUAACAUUCGUCCUGCAAUGUAAUUGAAUUUAUAAGGAUUAAAUAAAAAUUACAGGGAAGAUUAAUUAGACACAGGAAGAACAGAUGACAGUAUGAUAAACUAAUUGGUAGCUUAAGAAAGGGAUUAAAAUAACCUCUUAGUCAGAUAGAAGUAGAAAAGGCCUCAAAUUUAGAUUAAUAAUGUAAUAUAAGAAAAAUAGGAAUCAAUGACUCCAGAUAACUGUACGCGAUCUUAGAAUCCUACACCAAAACCAGGAGGCAGUGCUAAGCAUUCAAAAAAUGCCUAUUCUUUUGGAGCUUAGGAUGAUUUUAAAUCUAAAUAAAACGUCAUUUUGGAAAUGGAGUAAGAUAGAAAAAGAAAAGAGAAUUGUUUUCAUAAAAAAUAAUAAGAAAGUCAUGGUAAAGGUAAGGAUAAAGACAUUAAAAUCUAAAUCUAAUAAGAGAAGGAAAAAGCUGAAAAAUAAGAUGAGGAAACAAUUAAAGAAUUAUAAAAAAUAUUGUAAUCUAAACAUGAAGUUCUGUUAUAAAAGGAUAAUCAAAUAAGAGAAUAAUAAGCUAGAAUUUUUAGUAUUCGUCAGACUCUUGAUGAAAUUCCAGAUAUCUAAGAUUUAGAUGGAAAAGAGGAUUUUGAUUGGAAUAAUCUUAUAGAUUUUUUUGAUGAUUACAAAAAUAACAGAUAUACAAAUAUAUCAAACAUGAAAGACCCUUAAUUGGCCACCUUGAUGAAAAACAAAUUUUAGGAAAUCUUAUAGAAAGAAGAAUAGUAAUAGGAUAUUCAGAUUAAAUAACAAUAAUAAGUUGAAGCUGAGGCUAAAAUAAAGUAAGAAAUUAGUUAUGUGUUGAAAUUACUAUUUUAGGAGUAUGAAAUAUUAAGAUAAAAAUCUCUUUAAUUAGACCUAGAUAUUGUAAAUUCACAAUAGAUAAUUUAUGAUAAAAUGAAGAAGCUAAGUAUUUCUAAGAAAAUAAUUCCAAAUUUAAGAUAAUUAGAUAUUGAUUAACAUAAAGUAACGAAUGAAUUUAAAAACUAUAUUUCAUGUGAGAGAACGGAUUUUGAACAAGAAAAAUUGAUAAACUUUAUAUAGUCUGAGAUAUAGGUUUAAGAUAAUGUUUAUCAAUUUAUUUAUAAAAUUAGAUAAAUAAUUAAAGAAAGGAUUGAUCAAAUAAAGGAAGGGGAGAAGGCUAUGGAAGAAUAGCUUUUAUCUAAUACAAAAAAAUAUUGA